GAAGUUCACACCUCACGCUUGUUUGCAAAUUAACCGAACAAUUUCCAAACACGUUAACGCCGAGAAUCUAAUUAACAUUACAACAUAAAUAAUUGCCCUCAGUGCCGUUCUAGAAGGUAAAGUAUAUAUACAUAUGUGUGUAUAUGUUUGUCAGGCAACAUCUUUACACAAAAGUUGCAAAUACUCACUAAUUCGGUUCUGUUGCUACCCUAAUCACACCCACGCACGCAUCACUAUUUUGUAUCGCUAAUGCAGCCCUUCGUCAGCUGUUACAUGUAAACAAUAACCGCAGUGACAUGUCAAAUGAAAAUAAUAGAAGUUGUGCAAUAAUUGUACAAACGAUCGCUAAAUGUGCAAAUGAAGUGAAAAGUUAAUAAUUUAUGUGUUUAAUGUACAAUAUGUGCCAAAAAUUUAGUUAAAUAAUCAAAGUAGUAUUAGUGAGCUGAAAGUAAAUAACCAAAGUAUUGUGUUUAUAGUGAAUUGUGUUUGCAAGUUCAAUGGAGCAAGCGGCUGGCCGUUGGCAACAAGUAGGCCUUUAGAUAAAUUAUUGAAAUAUGAAUCGUAAAUUUGGUAAGGCGAUCACCGCCUUGAAGUUGCUCACUGCCUUCACACUACUUGGCGCAGUAGUGGCCUACGAUAACACAUUAGAACUAGAUUUCCCUGGCCCUUAUUGUGCUGCGAAGAAUAUUUGUUGUAAAAACAGGGAAGAUGGUUGUGCCAUGCCCAUUUCAACCACACUCUGCUAUUGUGAUGAGUUCUGCGAUCGCGAUCGUUCCGCGGAUUGCUGUCCCGAUUACCAUUCAUUCUGUUUGGGCGCUCCACGCCCGAUAAUGCGUUGCUACCACAAUGGCAUCUACUUUAGCAAAUACAAUAGUACAAUGGAUAAUUGCAAUGAGUGUCGUUGCCUGGACGGUGGACGCGUAGAGUGUGAUCGCGAUCUCUGUCUAACCGAUGACAAUUUGGUGAACAACGUGAACUCCAUACGUCAGUUAGGUUGGUCGGCACGCAAAUAUGGUGAAUGGUGGGGACGUAAAUACGCCGAUGGUCUGACAUUACGUCUAGGCACAAUGGAGCCUACAUUCCGCGUCAAAGCGAUGACACGCUUAAGCAACAAAGCGAGUGCUUUGCCACGUCAAUUCAAUGCCGUGGAUCGUUGGAGUAAAUAUGUAAGCGAUGUGCCAGAUCAAGGCUGGUGCGGCUCAUCUUGGGUGCUUUCUACGACAUCGGUCGCUUCAGAUCGUUUUGCCAUUCAAUCGCAGGGUAAAGAAGUUGUGCAGCUAUCGCCACAGAACAUUUUGUCGUGCACACGCAGACAACAGGGUUGCAACGGUGGUCAUUUGGAUGCCGCCUGGCGUUUCCUGCAUAAACAGGGUGUCUUGUCAGAAGAGUGCUACCCAUACUCCGCACGCCGUGACGUCUGCAAAAUAACUCACGGUUCCCGUCGUUUGCUGAGCUCGUACGGCUGUCGCCCCACAACACGCACCGAUCGCGAUGAAUUCUACACAGUUGGACCCGCAUAUUCGCUGAACAAUGAAACCGAUAUUAUGGCCGAAAUCUUCCAUUCGGGUCCGGUGCAGGCGACCAUGCGCAUUUAUCGCGAUUUCUUCGCCUAUUCGGGUGGUGUAUACCGGCAUACCGCAGCCAGUCGCAGCAGUCCGACUGGUUUCCACUCGGUAAAAUUGGUCGGUUGGGGUGAGGAGCAUGAUGGCGUCAAGUAUUGGAUCGCCGCCAACUCGUGGGGUCCCUGGUGGGGUGAACACGGUUAUUUCCGUAUUGCGCGCGGCAACAACGAAUGCGGCAUUGAGGAGUAUGUUCUCGCCGCUUGGCCAAAUGUUUACAACUACUUUAAAUCCACUUGAAGCGUAUGAGAGUGCGCCAAAGCGUGAUCGUGUGAGAAUUGCAAACAAAGAAAAAAUAAUCUCGUGAACUUUUCCAAUUACAUUUUAAUUGCUAAUUAAACACUAAAAAUUAGGGAAGUUUAAUGCUCAAGCAAAAUUUUUUUGAUAAACAAAUUUUUUUUAUAAACUAUAUUAAAAGUCAACAAACAUAUUUAGAAUCGGAUUGUUUUGUUUAGCUGCAGAACUUUAGUCGCUCACUGUAGAAUUAAGAAGAAAACUCUAAUGGUAUUCAAAACUUUUCUAGCUCUAAGUAAAUUUAGCAACUGCAACUGUUUUUGUGAUUGAAAAUAUAUAUUAUAUAUAUGUAUAUAUAUUUUUAAACCUUUGUGUCUUAUAUAGUUAAAAAGCGAAAAUUAUAUUUUUUUGCUUUUUCUUUUAAUUUUAUUUAAAGCUCGCUUUUCACAUUUUUAUAUGUUUAAUUUUUAGCUUCGACUGUUCGUAUAUAUUUUUGUUUUAGUAAUUUAAAUACUUUUUUCUUUAUACAAAAAAAAAAACAAAUUUAAUUUGCUUGAACGUUUUUUUCAUAUUUUUUUUAUUUUUAAUUUAAUUUAAUUUUUUUUAUUUUAAUUUUAAUUUUUGUCUUUUACUUAUUUAUUUUUUUUAUAUUUAUAUUUGUAAUAUUUAUUUUUAUAUUUAAAUUUUUUAUUUUGUAUUCUUUUAUUUUUCAAUUUUAUUAAUAUUUUUCGUUAUUAUUAAAUUUGCUUUUAAUAUUUAUUUAUAAUUAAACUGCCCGGUAACUUUUUGAGACCAAAAAUGUACGCAAACGAACACUGCAUAAAUGAAUAAAUAAAAAACACCAAACACCAAUUAUCAAAAAAGUGGUCAACGUCCACUGCCAAUAACUGCGUAAUCUUUAUGUAUGUAUGUAGUUUUAAAGCACUAAACAAUUGUUUAAUUAUUUAAUAUAAUUACAUUUACAUUAAGUAUUUUUUAUUAUAUUUUUUUUUCAAAAAUUUACUGCUCAGCAAUUUUGGAAAAUUAUUGUAGUUUUAAUUAUAAUGAUUUAUUUAAUAAUUUUGCAAUUAAUUAAUUAAUUAAUAUUUAAGUUAAUUAUAAUUUUUAAUUUUAAACGCUACACACUAUACUUUAAUAAAAAUGCAUAUAUGUGUAUAUUUUCAAAUAUUUGUGUUUUUCGUAUGUAAUAGUGUGUACAAAUGUACUCAUUGUAAAUGCAAGCCACAGCUUUAAGCGAAUAUUACAACUACUGUAUUACUAAAAUAUAA